AUGGAUCAUAUUAACAGUUUUUCUAUUUAUAAUUUCAUACAUAUAGGUGCUGAUCUUACUCAGUUGACAAAUUUUCUUGAUGGUACACUCAGUCAUAUUCGUUCAAGUGAUUCAGCAUCGACUCCAACAUCAAUAACGAAUUGUUCAGAAUGUCGUCAAUUAAAAAGUGCACUUGUAUUAGAAUUAACAGGCAAAGAACGUUUUCGAUUUGGUUAUGAACAACUUUCAUCAAUGAUUAAAGAAGCAUCGCCUAUACUUCGACGACAAAAACAAGAUUAUGAAGCAUCUUUUGAAGUUAUUGCUAAAUUAACAAGUGAAUUAAAUGAAGCAAGAAAAGAAUUAUCAGAAUUACAUCAAUUAUCAGGUGAAAGUAUUGAAAAUUAUCGUUAUAUACAACGUGAAAAUCAAUUUUUAAUUAACGAUAAUAAAUCAUUGGCGACAAAGGUUAGAUAA